AUGGGAGACAAGAAUACUAGAUUCUUCCAUGAGUGUGCUAAUCAGAGAAAAAGAAGGAACAAUAUUGUGUCUAUACUGGAUGGUCAGUCAGUUUUAAGGGAGAAUAAGGAAGGUAUUGCUGCAGCUUUUAGGGAUCAUUUCUCUAGAUCUACACCAGUGCGAAGACAUCUGGAGGAAGUUGAAGAGGCUUUGAGAAUGAUGGGAGCUUUGAAGGCCCUAGGACCUGAUGGUUUUGGGGCAUGCUUUUUCCAGUCUUUUUGGCAUGUGGUGGGUGAUAACACUCUUGCUAAUAGGCUUAAAAGGGUGAUGGAUGAUUUUAUUUCAAGAUGCCAUAGUGCAUUUAUUCCUGGGAGACUGAUCUCAGACAAUGUUAUAGAAGCCUAUGAGAUGUUGCAUUCGAUGAAGUGCAGGCAUAGGAAUAGAGUGAGAAGUAUGGCAGUGAAGCUGGACAUUUCUAAGGCCUAUGACAAGGUGGAAUGGGGAUACCUGGAGGCAGUCAUGAGGAAGUGGGUUUUGGGGUUAGAUGGACAGGCUAAAGAAAAAGAUGGCUGCUUAAUUUUUGGGAAAGCUAAUUGGAAAGAAUGGAAGAAAAUUAGUGGGAUAUUGGAGGUUUAUGAGAAGGCAUCUGGCCAGAGUUUGAAUAAGCUUAAGAAAACAGUUCUGUUUAGCCUUAUAGUUGGUGCAGAAGUGAGGGAUGGUAUUGUGAAGGAUUGUGGGGCUAGAGUGCAGAACAACUAUGAGAAGUAUCUAGGUCUGCCAAUUAUGGUUGGCAGGUCCAGAUAUCAAUCAUUUAGCAAUGUCAAAGAUCGAGUUUGGAAAAAGCUGAGUAACUGGAAAAAUUAG